AUGGCGAAGAAAAAGUGGACAGUGGCUCACACUAGUGAGGAAGAAGGAGAUAUAAAGAAUAGCUACACAAAAUGGAUGCCCAAGAUUGUCUGGCUCACAGAUCUUCCCAGCAAGAGCAAAGGCUCAACUAUCCAGGAGAAAUUGGUCAGAGCCUAUGGAGACAUGAUAAGCGAAGCAGCCUACGAGUAUUCCGCGCAACAUCAUAAGGAAGAACCCCUUCGUGCCUGGUAUAUCAGGAGCCGUGUCCAUCAGACAACCACGGAACAGGGGGACUCGGAAGAAGACGACCCUCACAUUACCAUUUUCGCGAACAGGGACCCUGAUGCAUUUAAGAAAGAUCGUGACGACAACGAAUUCGACUAUUCAGGCCACGUCUACGUUCACAUCGAUGAGGCCUCGGGUUCUCCGGAUCGCCUGUUGCAUCCAAGUGAGUUUGAACAUGGUCGGUUUCCCGUCAGUGGCUCCGAGUCUGUGUGUGCCCCUGUGGUGCUUUGGAACAAUGCGGAACAGGAAGAAGAUCCCGAAGAAUACGAACCCGAGGUGUUUGGUCCAAAUGAGAAAUACUAUACAACACUAGGCAAGGGAAGCAAUGACGAAGACGCCGGAAAAGCGGCAGGAAGUGAAGUCAAGAACAAAAAGGCCAAGCGAAAGGAGAGAAAGGCAGCGAAGGCUAAUCAAGGGAAGCAUAAGGGGAAAGGGAAGGCCAAAGUAAAGGACGAAGGAGACGAUGAAGGUGAUGAGGAAGGGGUUGAAGGGAACGAAGAUGAGGACGGAGAAUAG